AAACAUCGUUAGCUAGGAACUAGGAACUAGACAUAACAGGCAGGCAGGCAGGCAGGCAGGCAACCGACAACAAACAUCCGACGACGAUGGCCGAGAAGAUGGAUACGUCACAGAAACCGAAUCCGGUCGAGCAGAAAACGAAUGCCCACAUCGAGAAGAUUUUUCUGAUCACGCUGAACAAGAAUCCACAGAAAAACAAGCAGCUCGUGUACAUGGAGGAUGUGGCGCAGGGGGUCGACAGCGGGCUGCUCGACCUGGAGGUCCUCGAGCAAGCCCUGUUCGAACGGAUCCUGCUCUUUAACCCGGCCGAGUAUCUGCUACCGAACGACAUUACGACACCCAGCACACCGGAAGUCUCGGAAACGAAGGUCAUCCUGUAUCUGUACGGGUGUUUCGCGCGGAACGAGCAACCCGUCGAUCAGAAUGACACUGUGGCCGCGGAAAAUCAGCGGAAAAUGAAAUCCCUCAUCCUGCGCAACACGUGCACCUCGCUAAAGCAACCGGAACUGUACGAAGGCCAGAAUCUGCCCGCCCAGUUGCUGGACAUUUUCAAGCAAGCCGAAUCGGACGAUCAGCAAGCGGACAGGGCGCACUUUGUGUCCGAAGCGGUGCGCGAGCUAUUUGCCGAUGCCGAGAGUGAAGAGGAUGGUUACGUCGUGAUACGGAGCAUCUUCGGGCCGAUGCUGGUCGACGUGCUGAAGGCGCUGCGUACCGCGUCGCUGAUCAGCAUCGAACGGUGGGUGAUGCCGUUCCUGCAGGUAUUUCCCAGUGACAAGACGAACCCGCGGUUGGCACACAUUUUCCUCGACUACACGACGCCGCCGGCCGGUUCGGAGGGAAUCAAGUACUCGGAAUCGCUGCUCGGCCAGCUGCUCUCGCUCUCCAUAAUGCCGCGAAACCACAACGGACCGUACGAGUACUACGAGAACGCGCUAACCAGCAACCGGUCGGCGUGCGACAAUCUGUCGUCGAACCUGUGGAAUGCCACCAAGCUGCACCUGGAGAUGAUGCACUCGUUCGUGAAAAGUUUCCUUUUGCUCGGUGGCGACGUGCGCUCGAAAACGCUCGACUGGAUCGGAAAGUGUCUGCACGCGAACGUUCCUCGGGGGCAAAUUUGGAACACGCACCAUGGGAUGGGUAUGUUCGGUGGUAAUCAAACCACUUCGCCUGACUCUUUCAGCAUUAACCUGGCCAGCGUACUGUUGCGCCUGUGCCAGCCGCUGCUGAAACCCCAGCUGAAGGUCCUUAUCGUCGAUCCCACGUAUUGCGCCGUGCGGGAAGCGGACAAGCAGGCCAAGGGCGUGCACAUGAUCGACACGGAAAAAGAAACCUGCCUGCUGCCGCCCGAGGACGAUGAAGAGCAGCGGUUGGAAGCGGACAAGUACAACUUCGUAACCGAGUGCUUCUUCAUGACGCACAAAGCGAUCGAUCUGGGCUACCGGGUGUGUAUCGAGAAGUUUUUCCGCUCCAACCGUGAACUGCACCGACUGCAAACGAUGUACCACGAAACGAUCCUUCAGAAUGGGCCCGAUGUGGCGAACGACAUUAUGCAGAUGCUGUCGUCGCAGACGCAACAAUUUCUCUGCCUGCAGAACGUGCUGCUCGAACCGGUCACCGAUCAGCUGUUGCUGCACUUCUACGAAGCAUCGGCCAUCUGGUUGACGCAGCUCAGCGCCCGAGAUGCUGCACGGAUCGAUAGCCUUGGCCGGGCGGUGGGUUACGCACCGCAAACGGUCGAAGAUGUGCAACUUCCACUGCCCACGGAAGGAGUUUCACGGGUUCUCAAAAGCAUUCCGGAGUACAUCCUCGAAAACAUUGUGGGGUAUCUGCAGUUUUCGCGCCACUUCGAGAGCCGACUGUUGCGCGUGCAUGUCGAGGCACAGAACUCCAUCUUCACGAUGGUUCUCAUUUUUAUGGGCAGCUCCGAGCGCAUACGCAAUCCGCAUCUGCGUGCUCGGCUGGCUGAGGGGCUGGAAAGCCUGUUGCCGAAGGAAUCGGAAUCGGGUGGGUUCAGCUUCAGUGCUGCCCUCUUCACUAACCAUCCGCAUCGGUUGGAGAUCAUUCCCAAUUUGCUGCGCGUUUUCGUGAGCAUCGAAAUGACGGGCCAGAGCGUGCAGUUUGAGCAAAAGUUCAACUAUCGCCGACCGAUGUACGCCAUCAUGGAUUAUCUGUGGAAGAUCGACGAACAGCGGCAGCGGUUCCUGGAGCUGGAGCGCAUUGCCAUCCGCAACAUCGAAGCCGAAGAUCCGCCGAUCUUUCUGCGCUUCAUCAAUCUGCUGAUCAACGAUGCCAUCUUUUUGCUAGACGAAUCGCUCAGCAACCUGCAGCAGAUCCGGCAGAUGCAGGGCGCCCAGGAUGCGGGCGAGUGGGACUCGUUGCCACAAACCGAGCGCCAGCAGAACGUGGCCAAUCUGCGCAACCUGGGCAUGCUGGCCCGCUUCGACAACAUUCUCGGGCGGGAUACGAUCAACAUCCUGCAGCUGCUGACGUCCGAGACGAAGACGAUCUUUUGCCACUCGUCGAUGGUGGACCGCGUGGCGGCCAUGCUGAACUACUUCCUGCUCAACCUGACCGGACCAAAGAAGGGUAACUUUAAGGUGAAGGACAAGCGCGAGUUUGAGUUUGACCCGGCACGGACGGUGCUCGAAAUCUGUCGCAUCUACGAGAAUCUGAAGGAGUGCGAUGCGUUCUGUCUGGCCGUUUCGCAGGAUGGUCGCAGUUACAGCCCACAGUUGUUCGAGUACGCCGAAACGGUGUUAACCCGCAUUGGCGGUGGACAGCUCAUCGGAGAGAUACGGGAGUUCGCGCAGAAGGUGCAGCGCCUGGAGCAGCAACAGAAAAUCGACGAAGAAGCGUUAAUUGAUCCGCCAGACGAGUUCCUUGAUCCGAUCAUGUCCGCCCUGAUGAUCGAUCCCGUUACACUGCCAAGCUCGCGGAUAACCGUCGACCGAUCGACGAUCGCGCGCCACUUGCUUUCCGAUCAGACCGAUCCGUUCAACCGUUCGCCCCUGACGAUGGACCAGGUAAAACGGAACGAUCAGCUAAAGGCCGAUAUUGAUGCGUGGAUCGCGGAAAAGCGAGCUGCGCAUGCGGCGGCCAUGUCCUCCGGAGCAGCGGCAACACCGGCCGCCGACGGGUCGAGUGACGACCAAUAGCCUUCCCUUCCUUAGCCAAUCGCUUCAACACACCAAUCUGCGUGUCUCCUGCUGCCUCGGCUCCUCGAGCGAGCCCGGCCUUUGUAUUUUGUAUGUUUUGGUUUUAUUAUUAAACGUAGUGCAGGUUUUUCUCUAAUUUUAACAAAAUCUAAACUGUAGUGUGCGGGAAAAUCAUCUUUGUAUCAUGAAGUGUCUGUGUGUGUAUCUGAGUAGCUGUAUCGAACUAAGGGAAUUCCUAAAAAUAAAGACAAUGCCACACACUCCUUCGGUCACCGAUUUUCGGUGUGGAAUAGCCAAUUAUCUGUUUGGUUUUCUUUUUUCG